GCACCAGGGGGAGGAGUGUGUCUCCUUGAUGAUUGUGUCAUUAAAUAAUAAUAAUAAUAAAAAAUGCGAAAUCCUUAAGUCUGAUUUGGAAAGCUGAAACGGUGCAGAGGGUGUAACCGGUGCAGCGAGCGGAAGAGAGAGGGAGUGAGGGGAGCGAGCCAGUGUGUGCAGGACAUGAGAUAUUAUCCAUACAUCCUAUAGUCUGCCCGGGGACGGCGGGCACAGCGCGUUAUGCCAGCGCCCAGGGCAGGCGGCCAGUAGCGGGACUGCGGACAUUCUCGCUCAUUCUGCUGCCGGCGACAGUGGACCAUGGAUAGGUGAAGGCUUUCCCCGCGGAUACUGCUCUGGGGACCCGCACGCGCCAAGCCAUGAUGUAUUCUCCUAUCUGCCUGACUCAGGAUGAGUUCCAUCCAUUCAUUGAGGCUCUUCUUCCACAUGUCCGUGCAAUUGCCUAUACAUGGUUCAAUCUCCAAGCUCGUAAGCGCAAAUACUUCAAAAAACACGAAAAACGAAUGUCAAAGGAUGAGGAGAGAGCAGUCAAGGAUGAGUUGUUGAGUGAGAAGCCAGAAAUCAAGCAGAAAUGGGCGUCCAGGCUUUUAGCCAAGCUGCGCAAAGAUAUCCGCCAGGAGUACCGGGAGGAUUUUGUGCUUACCGUGACAGGGAAGAAGCACCCCUGCUGUGUACUAUCAAACCCAGACCAGAAGGGCAAGAUCCGUAGGAUUGAUUGCCUGCGGCAGGCCGACAAAGUCUGGCGUCUGGAUCUGGUCAUGGUCAUCCUCUUCAAAGGUAUCCCCCUGGAAAGUACGGACGGGGAACGGUUAGUCAAAUCGCCACACUGCACCAACCCAGCACUUUGCGUCCAGCCACACCAUAUAACUGUAUCGGUCAAGGAGCUUGACUUGUUUUUGGCGUACUACGUACAGGACCAAGAUCCUGGACAAUCAGGAAGCCCAAGCCACAAUGAUCCUGCCAAGAAUCCACCAGGAUACCUUGAAGAUAGUUUUGUGAAGUCUGGCGUUUUCAAUGUUUCAGAGCUUGUGCGAGUGUCUAGAACACCCAUAACACAGGGCUCUGGUGUCAGUUUCCCAAUUGGAGAGCCACUAAGCCAGCCAUACUAUCAUGAUAUGAACUCUGCGGUCAGCUUACAGAGGUCAUUGUCCUCUCCUCCAAGCAGUAAAAGACCCAAGACCAUUUCUAUAGAUGAGAAUAUGGAACCAAGUCCAACUGGAGACUUCUACCCUUCUCCAAAUUCACCAGCAGCUGGGAGUCGCACAUGGCAUGAUAGAGACCAAGCGUUUACAGGCCAGUCAACCAGAAACAAGCAGUGGAAAAUGGAGGAAGUCGAGGCUUCUGACUGUUGCUGGCUUAAGAUGAAAAUGGAAGAUAUGUCCUCCCCAACAAUGAAGAAACCUGAAAAGCCAUUGUUUAGUCCGACAUCUCCACAGGAUUCUUCGAGACUCAGCACUUUUCCCCAGCAUCAUCAUCCAGGGAUUCCAGGAGUAGGACAUAGUGUCAUCUCAACCAGGACUUCACCUUCCCCUCUGCCAUUUGCAACACAAGCUAUUCUUCCUCCCGCCCCAAGUUCCUACUUUUCUCAUCCAACAAUUCGAUAUCCUCCACACCUGAACCCUCAGGAUCCCCUGAAGAACUAUGUUCCUUCUUAUGACCCGUCCAGCCCGCAAACAAGCCAGCCUAACAGCAGUGGGCAAGUUGUAGGAAAGGUUCCUGGUCACUUCACUCCUGUGUUGGCGCCAUCACCUCAUCAUGGUGCAGUGAGACCUGUGACGCUAACGAUGACUGACACAAAGCCCAUCACUACAUCCACUGAAGCCUACACAGCCUCUGGCACAUCACAAGCCAAUCGAUAUGUGGGACUAAGCCCUAGAGAUCCAGCCUUCCUACACCAGCAACAGCUGAGGAUUUGUGACUGGACCAUGAAUCAAAACGGCAGGCAUUUAUACCCCAGUGCCAGUGAGGAUACAUUGGGAAUAACUUGGCAAAGUCCUGGUACCUGGGCUAGUUUGGUCCCUUUCCAAGUAUCAAACAGGACAUCAAUCCUGCCAAGUAAUGUCCAAAACUAUGGACUAAAUAUAAUUGGAGAACCCUUUCUUCAAGCAGAGACGAGCAAUUGAAAUAAAUGAAACAUAAAGUAGAAAGAAUGGACAAGUGGAAAAGAAAAAAAAACACGAAAGAGAAGAUAUACUGACCAGCAUUUGCAGCACUUACAAUCACUGAUUCCUUUAACCUUUUUAGUACUUACAGGACCUGCAAAGCAAUGCAAGAUAUUACUUUUCAGGACUUCGGAGCACAUAAGGGGUUAAGGCGGAAACAGUCGUGACACUGAAAGGGUGGCUAAUAUAUUUCACGGAGGGUAGAAUGCAACUUAUGUCCACUGGGAAAUAGGCACUCUUUCUCCACGGCGAUAUAUUUUAUAUGACUUUUCUAGAUGCCUUAAUAAUUGCAUGAUAAGCUAGUCCUGUUUGGUUUUAGUCUUCUUGUUGUUUACGCAUGGGAACACUUGUCCCAUCUUUCUCAUAAAAGAAAGGCUGUGAGGCAGCAAAAGAGCUGCAAAAAUGAGCCCCAAGGCCACCCCUAUUAUGGAUCUCCUUACAUAGAACAGUUGUCAUUCAGCAUGUGGAAAGCAAACAUUAUGUGACCUUCAAUCAUUAAUAUCAGGAAGAGAAGUAACUACAAGAAUCCCUGCUAUACACCGUGCUUGUUUUUGGUGUGCUACCCAACUUGUCAGCAGAGUUGUGUCCAUCAGAUUAUCGCUGAAAUUAAUUGCCUUUGUACAUUUACAGAAAUCCCUCAGUAAUCAAUGGAACAAUGGGAUGUAAUGCCCAGAAAAUUAAAUUAGAGGCAAGUGCUAUUAAAUUAUUUUUUAAUGGGGCAUAAUUAUAGUUAGUCCUCUGGCCCUCUGACUCUAAACUGUAGGGCUUGUAAAGCUGUCACCUGCACAGUGCCAGAUAAAGCCUCUGAUUUUUACAUGUGGUCACCACUGGUACUGACAGGAAAUUUUUUUUAAAAUUAUUUAAUUCCCUCAAUAUAUGAGGGGCCUUUUAGUAUAAAAGCGGCAAAUCCAGACAAAUCAUGAUUCUGAACUAUAAUAUUAAAUAAUUCCUAGCACUUAUAUUGGUCAGGCUGCUUCUACAGAGCCGAAUACCUUAUUUAUUUAUCAUAUCAGUUGAAUUGGGUAAAUGGGAUGGGUUUCAGCACUAGAAAGGCAAAGCAAUUAGGCAGAAACACAUACAGUUCAAGCUGCUGAUGUUCAUCAUGUAACGAAAAGACUGAUACCAUGGUGCUGUCAUCAUGUCGCUCCAAGAAUUCAGAUCUUCAAAUUUAAAAGAAAUUUUGCAUGGCCUAUAGAAUUAUGCCUCUUUAUAUCACAAGGUAAAAAGUAGUAAAGUACAGUUUCCAACAAUUCUAAUUUGCACGAAAAUAUAAAGUCCACAUUACGUGCCUUGCCUUGAAUUAAAAAAAAGUGACAUCACAAAAUUUAUUUUGCUGCAUUUAUUAUCAUUUUAAAUCUCUACCAUUUUUAUGACAAAAAUAUUUUGUACUCCACAGGGAAAAGAUCAAUUAUGUGACAUCCUGGAUUUUUUAAACAGUUAUACAUUUAUAAAGCAUAUCAUGGCUGUGUAUAAUUGCCGCUUAAAAAUAGUAACCAGCAAUAUUUUCAGUAUUUUGGUGUUUUUCUAUUAAUCUUUCAUGUUUUUCAUCUUCCAGUUAAUGUGGGGAUGGGGGGAGGGUGGGCAGGAAAGGGGUUAAAAUUUUUACAAAUUAUGCAAUACCACGUUUUGCCUAUGUAGGUAGUGCUUUUAGCAGUAUUUGGUUAUUUUAGGUAAUUUCGCAGAUAAAGAAAAAACAUAAAAAAGAAGAAAAAAAAAAGAAUUUAAUGUAUGCUUUUUUUUUUCAAUUGACCAAAGUGGGUACUGCGAUUUUUGCAGUGUGAUGAGGUCUUUUUGUGUACUGACAUGGAGAGGGAAUUUUGUUUUAUAUAUAUGCGUAUAAAUAUAUAUAUAAAUAUAUAUUAUGGGUGGGCGCUAGGAAAAAUGAAAUUUCAAGCUCUUUAGGAGACUGCUGUACAGCAGAAUGCCCAUAUGGAGCGGCCAUGACUGCAAAGUGACCCAUUUUAUCUACUGUAAUUAAAAAUUAUAUACAUUUGACAUCUCAAAAAGAGCAAAUUUUACCUAAUUAACUUGAGCUAAUAGAAUGAUUAUAUACCCUUGAAAUGCUGGAAUACGUCAUUAGUCUUGAAAUAUUUCACUGUAGCCUCAAGUGGCCUGGACCACAGGGUUUCACAAUGAAACUGUUCUCAAUGAAUACAGAAGAUACACAAAUACAUAAUAGGGCAUUGCACUUAAAUUGCAGUUAUUCCCACUUAUUGUUUCCUAUUGACUAUAAAGCCUUAAUAUUCUAAGGAGUAACAGUACAUAUAUAUAUUAUGCUAUACGUGUAUGCAUUUACAUAUACAAGUGUAUACCUUCCUUUCAUGACCACUAGAACAGUGUGACACUACAUUGCCUCCUUUGGUAAGCUCUGUUUAUACCAGCACACUAAUGUACCCCACAUGAGCAUUAUUCUGCACAAUUCUUCCAGAGCAAUUUUCCUCCACAUUAUUUGGUCAAGCAUAUCCCAUUUGUCCUUUUAUCAAAGAUUCAUCAGGGUUCCUUAAGCAGUGACCCGGCACAGACAGCAGUUAAUUUUAAUUGAUGGCAGUCAUUGAUCACUUUACAAGGCAAAGGACAACUGCCCAGUAAAUGUUCUCUAUUUAAUAUGAUUUUACUCACCUCCCAGUGUGAAUGCACUCAUCAGUUAAGUACUCAUAAGUGAAACAUGGCAGCAGAAUUGUGGAACCCUGGUGACCACAUCCUCAUACAAUUACAUUUAUUAUUGUUCUCACUGCCAGUCACCUAAUGAAUAGAUAUGACUGGGAUUAUGUGGCGACUCCAUUUGAUUCACCCACUCAGGCAGAUCACUAAAAUGCUCAAUAGCACAGCAGGAAAACAUGAACUUGUGCAAACCACUACAAUGAUAAUUAUCCUUAUAUCAAGAUGCUCAUUAAUCUCCUCUUUAUUAGGGCUAGUUGUCAAGGACAAUCAAUAUUACAAGGCUGUAUUUGUAUAUUUGCACUUUUACCAGACGUAAAGGACAUUUUAGGUAUAAUUAUUCUCUUCUAAUGAGGCCCAGAAAAUUGCAGACAGUGUUUGCGGAAUAUAUUCAUUUACAAUGUUGUGCUGUGCUCUCUUAUUUGAUUUGGUUACCUUUUCAGCAGGGUUUCUUAACACGUGGUUUUAUUUGAUUGGAAGUUUUGUCAUGGAGUAAUUUAUUGCAAUUGCAACAAUUAAAAUUGUUAGAAUUAUUUGUUGUAUUACGAAACUCUUUAAAUUUAAAAGACAUUAGUUAUUAUGCCCUUACAUACUUUGUGCUUUUCGACCACAGACAGCUCAAUGUUCUCUGUCUUAAGAUGUCUCUGGAGGUAUAUUAUGCAACACCUGUUGAGAAAUCUUGCUCUAUAAACUAAAGGAAAGUUUAUUUCAAUUUGGCCUGCAACUUAAAAAAAAAAAUUUGCUCCAAAAAGGCAGUGGUCCUUCCAUCCCCAUUGUUGAGAUGACGUUUUAGCAUUGCCACACAUUUAUUCAUCCUUUGUGCACUGUUCUGUUUCUUUUUUAAUUGCUUUGCAGUCUUGGCCUCUUGGUGUUGCCCCUGAAGUGUGUUUUCCCUAGAGUGACAUGAACAUUUUAAGGCAUACUUUCUGAAAGGGAAUAAAAACAGUGAAGGAAACUGUACAUAGACAUGGCAAAAAAGGAAAUCCUAAAUUAUAGCAAUAUAGUUAUGGGGUGAAGUUCAGAUGGGCAGCUUGAAAAACAAAUAUGUGAAUGAAUCUGUGAAGCUGUAAGUAGCGAGAAGUGAGGGUCUUUGUAAUGAACCUUGCCGACAGUUAUUUGUACACUGUAUAGUUUUGUUAUGAUUUUUGUUGUAUUACACGUGCCCUCAUUUGUAAAGCUACCUUUUUAGCAUUUGCAAUGGGAAUAUAUUUUGUUUUCAUUUUUUAAAGUAAACAAGAAUAUUGCUUGUAUAGGAACUGGACUUGGGUUAAAACUCUCCGGAUCCUUAAUUUAUGUAUUUGAAAAAUAAUAAAAUAAAAAAAAGUUUAAAAGUGCUGUCCAUGUUAGGGUUUGUUUCAGAGUUGCCUAUACUUAAAAAGUGUAGGUUGCUAGUCAUUUAAGAAAAAAAUGUAAAUGGAGAAAAGUUAUAUUUUAUGAAGGUUAUUUUGUUGUAUUUAGUAUUUGAAAAGUUGGUUUUUGGAGCAUUUCAGAAUGUUGAAAGCAUCACUGUCUUAGUACAUAUGUGACUGUCCUCUAGCAAAAUGCAUUAUGUGAUUGUUAAUUCAUGUUGGUAUUUAAGAACCGAGUGCACCCAGCACUCCUUGAAAAAGCCUAGAAUUUAGAGCAGUAAGUUUAAAGUCACACAUGACCAUGUCCUCAGGGAGCAUAAAUUUCAGAUUUGCAACUUGUAGCUUCACAAGGACUUAAUGGAAUAGUUUGCAUAGGAUGCAUUCAUCAGUUAUACUAUCCAUUUUUCUUUCUUCUGUAUGAAACUAUGGUUGGUGAAGACAAAAGCCAAAUGGGACACCCUGUUAUGUUGAUGGAUAAGGGAAGAAAUAUAAGGCCUUCCAAAUUUAGCAAACCAGGAGUCACUUGCAUAGAUUUGAAGUGUUCUCUGAGAUUUAAAAACCUGUAGAAAUUAUCUCAUAAGUUUUGUACAGUAUUUUUGGUUAAUGAAAGCUCUAUAAUGUUGUUGGAAGUUAGGCCCCAAGCAUAGUUUACAUGUUCCUGUCAAGGUCUUUUGUUGACAUUAACCAGCUGCAUGCUUCAUGGACAUUCAUCUUUUUUGUUUCAUAGAAAAAUAUUUAAACAUGCAGACUAAGCAAUUUCAACAGGUUUGGUUGAACAUUAAUACUCCAUUUGAAUUGAAGGAUCUACAAGCAUUGUCCUUCAGAAUUGCACUUUCUGCUAGUUUCCCUGUACUUUUCCCUGUACCACAACCUCAUUGUGUAGGCAUGUGUGAGCAGUUCAGUUGGAACGUAACGUGAACAACUGUCUUUGCCCCUUUACCUUUCACAAUGACCCUUGCAUGAAAUUGCCAUGACAAUUAUUUGUAUUGUUUCCACGCCACAACUCGUCGGUCACAUUUUUGAUACUUAAAGGGGGCGAAAGAACUAGCUGGAGACGGUCAAUUUUUACAUAUUUUGUUGCAAUUGAUUUCCUUCAAUGGUUGUAAGUAGUUUUUUCUAUGCUAUAAAGGGUUUAAUAGUUAUUACUCUUUAGAAAUAUCUGUGUGUUGCAGUUCAAUUGUAUGUUGUGAACUAUUGAGCUUCAGUGCUACUUGCUGACCACGCUUUCUUCGUUGUUAUCCUACUAAAGUCUGGCACCUUUGAAAGCAGAGUCACCUGGUUACACGGAAGCUAGUGUUUGUAGUACUUUAUUUUUGACAGAA